AUGGGCUACGACUCAACAAUAACAUUUACCCUUGACACAAUAUGUCCCUGGACCUACCUCGGCUUUCUCCGUCUCCAAAAAGCGCUUGCCCAAUACCGAGACUCCAAUUCCUCCUCCACCGUAACCUUCCAACUCCAAAUCGCACCCUACCAGCUACACCCCAAGUUCAGCCAAGAGGGCAUCGACCGCCACACAUGGUACCGCGACGAAAAGUACCAAGGGUCCGAAGACAAGUUCAACCUGUACUGCGACUACAUGGGCGCACUGGGCAAGGACGAGGGCGUCGUGUUUGAUUUCGGAGAGGGCCCGUUUGCGAACACGUUCCACGCUCACAGGAUCCUGCAGUACGUGCAAGAGCGGCUCGGGCCGGAGGCGGCAGUCAAGGGCCUGGAGAGCCUGUACCAGCAGUAUUUCUGUGAGCGGGCGCACCCCAGUGGCCACGACACGCUGAUCACGGCCUGUCGAGCGGCAGGGCUGAGCGAGCACGAGGGGAGGCGCGUGGUCGAGGAUGAAAGUGAGGCAGCGAUGGAGACCAAGAUGGCUAUACAGGAACAGGCUGGCAACGGUGUGGAUAGCGUGCCGUAUAUUGUUUUCGAGGGGAGAAGGAGAGAUUUCACGUUGAUCGGGGCAAAGGAUGUGAACGAAUAUGUCAAGAUGCUCGAGCAGGUCGCGAAGGAGGCGUCGUAG